CCAUCUAUCUGUUGCAAUAUAGCUGGGAAAAUAUAUUGGAAAGUGGGAAGCAAAGAGACACAACAUUUGGACCGAGCAAGAACACAAGGCGAUCUCCAAGAUGAGGAAAGAAAACCUAAUCCUAUUUUUCCUUGUCGGCUUACUACAAUGCUAUAUUGGUAAUGCUAUCAGAUGUUAUUCCUGCACUGGAAGUUGUACAGAUCCUCUCACAACAGAAUGUGCUGCUGAUCAGCAGUGCAUGACAGUGGAACAGAUUGUUGGUGGAAAUAUUCAGAGGCAGCAAAAAUAUUGUGCGACAUCACAGCAGUGCAAUAUACUCUCAUCUGAUCCAUCACUUGUCCAGAAAUGCUGCAAUACGGAUCUCUGUAAUGGUGGAAACAUUCCUUUAAGUACAGCCAGUACAGCCAGUACAGCCGGUACAGCCAGUACAGCCAGUACAGCCGGUACAGCCAGUACAGCUAUUACAGCCAGUACAGCCGGUACAAACAGUAGUUCUUUUCUGAAAUGUAACUCCUGUAACUUCUAUGAAUGCGUAGUGAACAAAAAUACAGUUACCUGUAACCGUGGUGAGGUCUGUGUGACCACAACUGCAUAUAUUGUUGGGGUACCCGUGAAAAAACUUAGCUGUGCAAAUACCACAAUCUGCUCAACGGAGACCUCAGAAAACAUUGCAGGGUCCAGAGUAUCUGUCAGUAACACGUGCUGCAAUCAAAACUACUGCAAUUUUGCUGUCAACGUAAAACUUUCUUCCAUCGCUGCCAUCGGAGCUGUGUUACUUCUAUGGAUCACCAAGCUGUCCUGAGCAGAUAUAGAUGACAUCUACCAUCUACCUGCAAUUCGACGCCGUGGAAGCCUAAAGAGAACCAAUUGCUGAUCAUUGACAAAAUCAUUGAGCUUAUACGUAUAAUUUACACAAUCUCAAAUUAUAACUGUUUAGGCUACUAAUACAAGAUAUAUAUUUGCCUGCCUACCUAAAAGAUAAGUUAACCUUUAGAACGUGUUACAUGUUUCACCCAUAAUUAGCGUUUAAAGUGUAAUAUGUUCUAGCAUUUCAACCCCACUCCCUAAGAUUUCCCCUCUGUGACAGUGGGGGCGGGUUCUUCUAAUGUGCAGAGCUCCGCCCACACUGUCACAUCAUUCAUUCAAAGGGAUCUAUAAAUUAGUAAACUUAUAGUCCUGUCUGCCACUGCAGCAGACGGACUUGUAUUUCUCAAUAAACUAAGCUGACCAGCGCCAUCGUAGUCCACUGACACUCCCUUCAGGACGUGUCUGCAGAAGCCUGACAUUGCACCCAUGAUCCACUGAUCACUAGUGCAAUUCUUUGCAGGCUCCUGUGUGA